GUUCUUCAGCCCCCAGUAAAGAUGUUGUCGAGAGGAGAGAGUUGGAGACCACGAAGAUGAACUUGGUCUCCAGGCCAACCACAGUGGGUGUGGUCAGCGGUGUGGGUGUGGCCAGCGGUGUGGGUGAGGCCAGCGGUGUAGGUGUGGCCAGCGGUGUGGGUGUGGCCAGCGGUGUGGGUGUGGCCAGCAGAGUGGGUGAGGCCAGCGAUUUAGGUGUAGCCAGUGGUGUAGGUGUGGCCAGCAGUGUGGGUGUGGCCAGCAGCAAUGGGUCCCGGAACAUCACUGAGGCGCGGCGUAGAGACAAGCGCUGCACGUGUUACAGCUACAGAGACAAGGAGUGUGUCUACUACUGUCACCUGGACAUCAUCUGGAUCAACACACCAGAGUGA